AUGUCUACUGCUUCCUUAAAAGAAAAGUAUUAUGCAUAUGCUUCUCCUCCUUAUUGUCGCUUGGAGGCUAAACCUUUCUUUGACACUCUUACUUCUAAAGAAAAGCAUUAUGCACACUUUAUUUCUCGAGCCUCCUUUGAAGGAACUCGUGUUGUUAUCACUCAGACCAAUCCAAAAGCCUUGUCUAUAUAUGACAUGAUCAUCAAGGCAUUCACCAAUGACCAAGGUGACAUGAUUAACCCUCAGGAAUUACGUGCAGCCAGUGGCGUAAAUGAUGAGACCUUUGACGAGUUCUUGCAAUACUCUGCUCAAUUUCUUGGUAACCUUAGUAACUAUAAAUCCUUUGGUGAUGAAAAGUUUAUUCCAAGACUUGACUGUGCAGAUUUUGAGAAAAUUAUCAAGGCAACAAACAACAAACUGGCCAUUGCCUUAUUUGAGCGAUCCCGUGGUGAAAUAUAUGAUGUUGAACCCAUAUCCCGCAAUUUACUAGGAUACCCUGAUGAUGGACAUAUCUCUGGUUAUUACUCUGACAACAUCACCAAGGAGGACAUCAAGCUUGUCCAGCAUUUUUGCGAAAAGAACAAGAUUUACUCUUACAAUACUCGCUUGUUCAAGACUGAUGACGGUUAUGAAUUAAGAGUAGCUGCUGCAGAAGAUGCACAAAACAAGACGUAUACUUUAGAUAACGGUCAAAAGCUUCAUGUUCGCUAUGGCGACUUUAAAGAGCAAAUGAGCAAGAUUGCCAAGGCCAUUCAAGAUGCAAUUCCUUAUGCUGCUAACAACACUCAAACCAAGAUGCUCAAGCAUUACCAUGAUUCAUUCCGUACUGGUUCUAUCGAGGCACACAUGGAUUCUCAACGCGAGUGGCUAAAUGACGUUGGUCCUGUGGUCGAGAGCAACAUUGGAUUUAUCGAAACCUACCGGGACCCGCAUGGUGCCCGUGCCGAGUGGGAAGGAUUCGUUGCGAUGGUCAAUAAAGAGCAAACCAAGCAAUUUGAUAAUCUCAUCGCAAACCGUUCGCUCUUUAUUUCCUCCCUUCCUUGGCCUACCGAAUUUGAGCGCGACACACUAAACAAGCCCGAUUUCACUUCUCUAGAAGUGCUCUCAUUCGCUACUGCAGGCAUCCCUGCAGGCAUAAAUAUUCCUAAUUAUUCAAACAUCACCCAAGUUUACGGCUCAAAGAACGUGUCUCUGGGCAAUGUCAUAUCUGCUCAAGCACCCAAUGAGCAAUACCCAUUUGUUCGACAAGAGGACAUCGAAACCUACCGAAAGUACCUCACUCGCUCUUUCCAGGUCCAGGUCGUCACACAUGAACUCGGUCAUGGUACGGGCAAGCUCUUUUCUGAAAACGAAGAGGGAAAGUUUAAUUUUGAUCGUCAGAGCGUGAUUCAUCCGUUCACAAAGGGACCUAUUGAAACAUGGUACAAACCUGGUCAAGACUUUAACUCUCUAUUCAAGAGUAUUGCCGCAAGCUACGAAGAAUGUCGUGCUGAAAGUAUCGCUCUCUCAGUCUCACCUAAUCCUGAUAUACUAAAGUUUUUCAACUAUGAAGGCCAAGAGGCUGAUGAUGUGCUCUACACCAUGUAUUUGAAUAUGGCCAGAGCUGGUCUUGUUGCACUCGAGUUCUACAACCCAGAUGCUAAAAAGUGGAAUCAAGCUCAUAUGCAGGCUCGUUAUGCCAUCAUGAACGUCAUGUUGAAGGCUGGCCAAGAUUUCCUUAAAUUGAAGCCUUGUUUUGUUGACGGUAAAGAUAGUUUUGAAAUACAUAUGGACAGAACCAAGAUCAAAUCUGUCGGAAGAUCUGCUGUCUCUGAGUUCUUGACAAAGCUUCAGAUCUAUAAGGCUACAGCUGACGUAGACAAUGGCACAAAGCUCUACUUGGAAGCCACUCAUGUUCCCGAAGAUUGGCAUAAGAUUCGAGAUAUAGUGAUUGCUUUCAAGCAGCCUCGAAAAUCGUUUAUUCAAGCAAACACAUUUAUUCAAGAUGGUAAUGUUGUUCUCAAGGAAUACGAAGCUUCACCUAUCGGAAUGAUCCAGUCCUUUGUCGAACGUUGUGUAUAG